AUGGCCGACCCAGAAAUCGACAAUAUCAAUUCUAACCAAAACGAUGGCGAUAAUAUAUUUGUUACAACAAUGGACCAUCCAGGUACUGAGUCGGUUGCUAGCAAUGUUUACGAAACGCCAAAUGGGACUAGGUACUGGACACCCAUUGUCCCCCAUGGAGUCAAACCAUUUUUGAAAGCUAGAUUUAAUACGAUUGAACAAGCAAUUGCAAUGUACGAGGCGUACGCACAACUUGCCGGAUUUGGAACCCGUUUGGGUACUUCGAAAAAAGUAAAAAUAGGCAACGAGAUAAUUACGACUCGGCGAUACGUUUUAUGCUCAAGGGCGCCAGUGAACAAACAUAAACAUAAAGAAACUAACCCUGAUGAUAUUGACUCAACUUCACCAUCGCGCCGUUCCAAUGUUAAAGUUACAGAUUGUAAGGCAUGUGUGAAGUUUCGCCGUAUAAAAAAGUCAACUGAUUAUGAAAUCUAUGGUUUUGUUGAACAACACAACCAUGGGUUUACCUCUCCCGAGAAUCUUGACUUAUCACUAAAGCGAAGAAAGCUCGAUUUUUCUACACAAGAGUUCAUAGCUAAGUGUCGCAAUGCUAAUCUUGGCCCUACCAAAUCCCACAAGUUACAUGUUGCAAUAAAAGGUGGUCACCAUAAUGUUCACGGUACUGUUGUGGACUACAAAAAUUGUGGCCGUGACAUUCGAGAUUUUAUUGGCGAUAGAGACGCCCAAAUGAUAAUUGACAAGUUCAAAGCUCGAAGCGAAAAUAGAGUUAAUUACAGUUUUGAUACCCAUAUUGAUGAUAUGGAACUUCAGUUAAUAUUUUGGUGCGAUGGCGUUUCUAAACUAAACUACGAAGCGUUCGGUGAUGUUUUGGCGUUCGACGCAACGUAUGAUAUGAUUUUUGUGCCAUUCACUGGAGUUGACCAUCAUAAAAAAUGUACAAUUUUUGGGGCUGGGUUGUUACAUAAUGAGACUAUUGAAUCAUACACAUGGCUACUCCAAAAAUUUCUUCAAGCACACAAUGGAAAACAGCCACUCUUGAUAUUAACUGAUCAGGAUUGUGCUAUGAAACAAGCUGUCGCCAACAUCAAGGGUAACGACAAAAGGAACGCGGAAAUCAAGAAAAAAUUCCACAAACUAGUAUGGAAUGUUUACAUCAAACCAGAAACAUUUGAAAAGAGAUGGCAUUUACUAAUUGCUGAGUACGGUUUGCAAGAGCAUUCCUGGUUGACUGAGAUGUAUUUGAUUCGUGAACAGUGGAUCCCAGGAUAUUUUCGCGAAAUACCUAUGUGUACGUUAAUGAAGACUACUUCUAGGUGCGAAAGCGCCAACCAUUUGUUCAAAUCAAACUCUAGUCCACACAAUACGUUGGUACAGUUUAUGUUGUGCUACGAUACGUCCGUCGAUGGGUUACGAAAUGACCAACGUGAACUCUCUCAUCAAACAGACACCACUAAUCCAGAAUACAAAACUAAAUGGCCGAUCGAACGUCAUGCAAACGCAAUUUAUACUAGAAAAGUAUUCUUCGAUGUCCAAAAGGAAAUUGUCAAGGGUAAGGAGAAUAGUUACAUUGCUGAACGAUCAAUCUUAGAUGGAGUAAACUGUUUCGUGAUUGCUCACCAAGAUCAAACAUCUGAAGUUUUAAAUGAGUUCAAGGUCACGUUUAACAAAGAAGAUCUAUCAGUUACCUGCAAGUGUAUGGGAUUUACCCGAAAUGGGUAUCUAUGUCGUCAUGUGUUCUGCGUACUUGGCCAUCAUAACAUACAUAAGAUUCCAAGUCAAUAUAUUCACCCAAGAUGGAGGAGAGAUGCUAUUCCUAGCAGUGUGUAUAGCAUUGACAACAGGUUAUCUAUUGAUCAAAGCAGUAGCGGAAGAUUAUGGCGCAACAUAUUAGAGAAUUUGGAGAUGUGUAGAGACAGAGUGAGAGGCAAGAUUGAUAAAUUAGAGGAACUCGAUGCAGAAGUACAAGCUUUAAAAGAUAGGAUCUUUGCAGAAGUUCCAUAUGAUCCGGAGAUUAAUAAGAAGGAUGUCGUCUACCAGGAAAUUCUUUCGCAUGCCAUACCAGAGGCGCUCUCGUGUACUGCACCGAAGAAAAUCCGUAACAAAGGCUGUGGUAAGCAUAAACGACAGGUUGGCGCAAGGGAAAUAGCAAUAAAGAAAUUCAAAAAAAAGAGAAGAAAAUGUAGUGUUUGUGGGAAACGGGUUAGGAAGCAUGAUAAAAGGAAUUGUCCAACUAAAAAAGGUAAACCAACGAAGGAUGAUUCAUCUACCGAAGAAGUUGAAGAGGAAGAAGACGAUGACGAUUCUGAGUACGACGAAGAAGAUGACAACGGUACUGAUGGCGAAGGAGACGAAACCGGUAAUGAUGGCGAAGGAGACGAAACCGGUACUAAUGUCGAGGAUAACGAUAGUGACGGCUAG